AUGACCACAACCAUGGCGGGUUACGUAGGUGACGGUGAUUUUUCUGAAGAAAAUAUACAUAAAUUUAACAAUGAAAGAAGAAGUAGUAAGCAGUGGGUUAAACUUAAUGUUGGGGGCACCUAUUUUUUAACUACAAAAACCACGCUAUCUAGGGACCCAAAUUCAUUUCUUAAUCGAUUAGUACAAGAGGACAGUGACUUAAUUUCGGACAGAGACGAAACAGGCGCAUAUUUAAUAGAUAGGGAUCCAACUUAUUUUUCUCCAGUUCUGAAUUAUCUUCGACAUGGAAAACUCGUUAUUAAUAAUGAUAUAGCCGAAGAGGGAGUAUUGGAGGAGGCGGAAUUCUACAACAUUACCGAACUUAUCAGAUUAGUCAAAGAAAGAAUUUGUUUAAGGGAAAGAAGACCUCUGAAGGAUUCCAAAAAACAUGUGUACAGAGUAUUGCAGUUUCAUGAAGAGGAACUUACUCAAAUGGUGUCUACUAUGUCAGAUGGUUGGAAGUUUGAACAGUUGAUUAACAUUGGUUCUCAGUAUAACUAUGGUAAUGAUGAACAUGCUGAAUUUCUCUGUGUUGUAAGUAGAGAAUGUGGCAGCACCCUUAAUAGUAAUGACAUAGAGCCCACUGACCGUGCAAAAGUAUUACAACAGAAGGGCUCGAGAAUGUGA